UGUAUUUUAUUAGUAUCACUCUUGCAUUGGAAAACUUCAUACAUUGCAACCCUCAGCUUCAACAACACCGCUCUCCCAGGCUGCAAGAAUCAAAUCACAAUGAAGGCUUCAAGGCCGGACCGGCAACGGUUCAUCAUUUCUUCCUUCUUCUUCAUUUGUUUCCUCUGUGCCUUGGCUUCUCUCAACGAAGUACGGUUUGAUGGUCUUCUCAAGUUUGGUCGCUGCGCUCUUGCGAAAAUCAACUACUCUCCUUCCGAGAUAUAUAAUUCAUCAUCGACCACCAUGGUCGCCACCCAGAAUACUUCCUCCGACGAUAAAAUUCGUAUACUCUUCGGCAUUCUAACCCUUCCAGAUCAAUACCAACGCCGACACUUCCUGCGUUUAAUCUAUGGCACUCAGAAUCCGGUUGGGGCAAAAGUGGACGUGAAGUUUGUGUUCUGCAACCUCACAAAGGAAGACCAGAAGGUACUCGUUGCAUUAGAAAUAAUGAGAUACGAUGACAUUAUUAUACUGAAUUGCCAGGAGAAUAUGAACAAGGGUAAGACUUACACCUACUUUUCAAGCUUGCCGGAGAUUUUCAACGAUACAGAUGGGGUAUAUCCACCUUACCAUUAUGUAAUGAAAGCCGAUGAUGACGCCUACUUCCGGCUUCAAAGCUUAGUUGACUCUUUAAAGCCUUUGCCUAGAGAAGACUUGUACUAUGGUUAUGUCAUUCCAUGCCCAAGCAUGGACCCUUUUGUGCAUUACAUGUCUGGAAUGGGGUACUUGAUUUCUUGGGAUAUAGUUGAGUGGAUUAGAGACUCAGAUAUCCCCAAGAACCAGUUGGAAGGCCCCGAGGAUAAAGUUUUUGGUGACUGGAUUAGAAAUGGGCAUCGUGCUAAGAAUAGAUUCAACGCAAAGUGGAGUAUGUACAAUUUUCCGGAGCCACCAACAAGAUGUACUCAUGAGCUUUGGCCAGAUACGACUGCAGUUCAUUUGUUGAAGAAUCAGGAAAAAUGGAUUCGGACAUUGAAGUAUUUCAAUGUAACUGAUAAUCUCAAGCCAUCCAAAUUGUAUCAUAUACCUUAGCUAGGUACUAUACUGCCCAUUUUUUCCCCAAUUCUUUUAG